AUGGAGGGCUCUUUGGACGAUGCAAUGUAUGGCAUGAUGACCCCUACUGUUGCUGCAAUGCGACUCAAAAACUUCUACGCAGAGGAUCACAUGGCUAAAGGUGCUGUGUUGGUAACGAUUGAUAAGCCAUCAGCUACGGACCCCUUUCGAUCGCUCGAUGUCAAGUGGGUCGAGAGUUACCAGCCACCGAUGCUCCGCUCCAUCAUUAGCAACCGUGACUUUGUAUAUAUGGAAGCGACGGGCUUUACCGAGCUUCGUGACGGCGAAAUGGUUGGUUACCGUAUUGUUCACUCGGUGCACUUCCCUCAGACGCCUAAGGUUGGCAACAACAUUCGAGGAAAUAUGUCCACCUGCGGACUGUAUAGACAGCGCUACCACAAUACGGUGGAGGUUUAUAUUCGAGCGUCGUCGAAUUCCGGAGGAUAUGCCCCUCGAUCUUAUGGAGUCAAGUAUGAGUCGAUCGCAUUGAUCUCAGCUAGAAAAAUGAUCCGCUGCGCUCAUCGGAAGAAGCUCUCGUGGCUAUUAGGACAAUGUGAUGCAACAGUGAUUCUAGGAGAGGCCAAGUGCAUUGGCUGUGGUCAGAAACCUGGCAUUUUUGCAACAUACAUUGGCUCGUGCGCUCUUUGCAAACGCGCCUUGUGUUCGCCAUGUAGAAUAAAGAUCGAGGUGGGAUACGUGACACUGAGAGGAAGCCUGGUCAAGAAAAAAAUGUGGUUCUGCACCUACUGUCUAGACGAAGCAAGACAAACAAGCUCACGUGUUGUCGCGCUUGAAGAAUAUGUAGGCACGAGGCUUGUGGCCUCGAUUCCAUGGAGCUGUAGCCCAACCCAGUCAAAUACAGCAUCCGUUUUGGACCGUAGUGAUGAUUAA